GAUCAUGUCGUACGUGCCGGGGCAGCCGGUCACUGCCGUGGUGCAAAGAAUUGAAAUACACAAGCUUCGACAAGGUGACAAGUUGAUUCUGGGAUUCAGCAUUGGAGGUGGCAUUGAUCAGGAUCCUACUCAGAAUCCUUUCUCUGAAGACAAGACUGACAAGGGUAUCUAUGUAACAAGGGUGACAGAAGGAGGCCCAGCAGAAGUUGCAGGACUUCAGAUUGGAGAUAAGAUCAUGCAGGUGAAUGGCUGGGACAUGACCAUGGUGACCCAUGACCAAGCUAGGAAGAGGCUCACAAAAAGGAAUGAAGAAGUGGUACGGCUGCUGGUGACCAGGAAAUCUCUGCAGAAGGCUGUGCAACAAUCCAUGAUGUCCUAAUCAAUCACUAGGCAGGGGAAGGGUUGGGGAGGGAGAUGUAUAGACUGCUACCAAGGAAGCAGAUGCUAGAGCUGAAUGGGUUGUCUGGAAGGAGUGCAUGUUCCUAACUGUGGUAAACACUACUUUUAUUAUUAUUUUUUCCCCCCUUCCUCUGGUGUAACUAGCAAUAGUAAACCUCUAGUGUCUUCAGCAGAGUGCUUCUCUAACACCUUCCCUGCAGGGAUAUGGUAAGACUGUGUUGUAGUCAGGGCUUUCAGGAGGACAGGACAAACCCUCAUUACUUAAGGAAGCAACUGGAAAAGCCUUAACUUUUGACAAGAUUCUUUUGCAGCACAAAAGCUUUUUAUUUUAAGGGGAAAGGUGGUUUCUGCUAUGGAAGCUAAGGGUUUGCUGUGCUUAAGCUUUUUAAAAAGUGAGCUGUCCUGUCCCUCCCCAGAAUUAAAAGGCCAGAAUUGAGUUGCAUCCUGCUGUGGGGAGGAGCACUACACUACUCUCACAUUGUGUGCUAGCUAGACAGUGUGCUGAAGGGUUUGGGGCAUUGUGCUUUACUGCAAAGAUUCCCUGUACAAAGCAGCCUCUUCAGACAAAAACCUAACAGCUAGUUAAUUAGUGCCUGUGAAGUACACUAAAAGUUCAUCAGCACUACAGUUCAGCUUCACAGAGAAAAAAAAAAACCUUAAUUCUCCUUAUUCCCAAGUAAUUUGCAACAUCAAAUGAAUCAAGUUUAAAUUAAAGGAGUAUGAAGCAGGAAAGAUAAUGGUGUUGCUGAACUUACCAAAAGAGCUGCUCAUAGCUGUGGAGUCUUUAGUUCUUCAUCCCACUUCUGUCAGACUUGGGAGGGGUACAUUUUGGUCUGUUCUAGAACACUGAUGAAAUCACUGAUUUGUUGGAUGGAAGAGCUGAAGAUGCCAUCAAUUUGCAAAAGUGCCUCUUGACCAGAUUGAAGAUGCUAAGUUGUUUAACACACCACAGGAUUUCAGAUUCUUGCUGCAACACUAAGUUAAUUCCCUAGCAUCCUAGUGGGUUGCUAACCAGUUGGCUUUACAGUUAUCCAAAAACUGGAGUUGAUUUAUACUUCUACACUUUCCUUAAGCAGUCUUCAGGUAAGCUGUUGUAAAUAGAACAGGAGAAGGUGGCAGACUUAACUUAUUCAGUACAUUACUGCUGUGCCAUGUAGGUUUGUUGUGAUGAAUGCAUCUCAGACUGUUCUGUACACACCAGCUGUGCCUAGUGACCAUUUUUAUACCUAUGGCAUUCCUACAAUCCUGCUUUUAAAUUUUGUAACUUAAGUCAGUGGUAAAUUUUAAGGCUUUCAGGUUGAAGUUAUUUUUGUUACUAUAAAGAUACACUGCUAUUUGU